AUGUCGAUGAUGAUGUUAGGGGAACCACCCCAUCGUACAAAUCCAACCCUACACGUGGCACCGGCACCAUGGCCAGCGAUGAUGAAUCCAACGGCGGAGGUCGAUUAUUCUCAGUUCUACUUAGAAGAAGCGUUGAACGCUCUUCAACACUAUGUUCCAUCGUCCAUGGAAGACGAAGACGAUUCCGACUCGGAGAUUUUUCCGAGUCAUGAAUCGGUGGAUGCGUAUACGAAUGAUAAUUUCCGUAUGUUUGAGUUCAAGAUUCGGAGAUGCGCACGUGGUAGGUCACAUGACUGGACGGAGUGUCCUUUCGCUCAUCCCGGCGAGAAGGCUCGCCGUCGCGAUCCGCGGAAGUUUCAGUACUCCGGGACUUCGUGUCCGGAUUUUCGUAAAGGAAGUUGCAAGAAAGGUGAUUCGUGUGAGUUCGCGCAUGGUGUUUUUGAGUGCUGGCUUCAUCCGUCUCGUUACCGGACUCAGCCAUGCAAGGACGGAACUAGUUGCCGGCGACGUGUUUGUUUCUUUGCUCACACAACUGAACAACUCAGGACUCCGACGAGUCUACAGAGUCCCUUGAGUGUUGAGUCUUAUGACGGGUCUCCUCUCCGGCUUGCCAUUGAGUCCUCCUGUGUUAAAAAGCUUCGGUUCAUGUCUUCUCCCGGUUCUGUUUCUCCACCUGUGGAGUCUCCUCCGGGUUCUGUGGGUUCUGUGAAUGAGGUGGUGGCUUCUCUGCGUAAUUUGCAUCUCGGGAAGAUGAAAUCUUUACCUUCUUCAUGGAAUGUUCAAAUGGGUUCUCCUCGGUUCGGAUCUCCAAGAGGACCCAUGAUCCGACCCGGAUUUUGCAGCCUUCCAUCUACUCCGACACAGCCGCUGAGUCGCUGCGGAGUUAACCAUUUUGAUCUUUGGGAUCAGUCCUGUGAAGAGGAGCCUGUGAUGGAGAGAGUGGAGUCUGGUAGGGAUAUAAGGGUGAAGAUGUUUGAGAAACUGAGCAAAGAGAACUCUUUUGAUGGAUCCGGGUCGGAUAAUGUUGACGGGGCUCCGGAUAUUGGGUGGGUUUCGGAGCUUGUGUGA